GGACUUCGUCACAAUCAACACUGAUUGGUCUGCCAAAGUGCAGCAGUUCCAAGCACUUGUGACCGAAACAAACGAAUUGCCUUCUUCCAUUAAUGUCGGUGCUUCCAAAGAACAACAGUAUCCAUCACCGGGAGUGCGGACAAAGCGCUACAUAGGUGUUCGCAAUACACUGUCAUCUACUGGCUUCCAUCCGUGCGCUGGGGACUCAGCUUCAUAUGACAGUUUUCGCAUUAACCUCUGGGAUCCUUAUCGCGGACGGGGCCGUCUCGUGGUUUCACUCGAUGCCCAGCCGAAUCUCGAGACUUUUCCCUCGCAAUUCAAAAAUACGUCUCCUGUCUAUAAUUUUCUAACCCAGCUCGCGUCAUUCCGAAGCCUGUGCACUUUACAGCAACGUAUUGCCAACCUGAAGGUGUACCGAAGAGAAUGUCUUUACUCGUAUUUGGCGGCUUCGAAUGCCACGGAGUGUUGUCCCAUGUUGUCUUUGCCCAACCUGGUCGCAUCGUUCAUGGGUUUCUCGUCGUGCAAUGAGGUCACAACAUCGCAUCUGAACAUGGUGGAAGCAUUGCUUCUCUCUUGCUUGCCGGCGUUUCAGAGUGGACAACUCAGUCUUUCUUGCUGGGAUAUUCCUGGAUCUGAUCCGUCUCUUCUGUGUCCUUUUGUUCAACCAACUGAGUGUCUGAAAUCUCCCGUAAUUGCUCUGCUUCUGGCCACUGUCCUACCAGAUAGGGCGGACGCUCGGACUAGCUGGCGACAUACGUUGUUGGUGCUACCAGUCAGGCAGACCGCAGGCUUGACUUUGUUCAAUACGCUCGUUGAGGCUUAUCAGAAUGGAAAUUUGAUGCGAGGCCUUCCGGUACCAAUAUUUCUUCAUGGCAUGUACCUCCACGCGUACGAAGACCUGGUCUCCGAUUCUCUUAAGCGCGACACACUGUGGCUCAUCGUCGGUCUAGUCUCUCUACUCAUUAUGUUGGCCGUGGGCUCAUGCAGUGUUUCGCUUCCGAUAAUCACUGUCGUGGGCAUAUUUUGGUCCCUCUUGAUUGCAUUCACUCUGUACACUGGUGUGCUGCGCAUACCCACAUUUCCGGUGAUCAACUUCAUGGCUAUUGUUCUGGCCAUCGGACUUGGUGCAGACGACCUUCUUGUGUAUUUUCAGGUGGGUCGUAUCUUUAGUGCGAAUCUUGCCUGUUUUUUCAAUUCGAGUUUUCGAAAUUCAAAUUUAUCCGAUCCUGAUCACCUCGCUGUACAUUACCAUGAGUUCGUCAUCUAA